CGUGGGCAGCAGACUGUACUUUAUACUCUGUCAUGUUGUUUCACGUAUGCUUUGCUAGAAUAUUUUGCUAUUCUUACUAAAUAGUAGUUCUUGAUGCCCACAUGAACCAAGAUGGAACUGGGAAUAGGAACAGACGAUGACCUGUUUGUUGAAGGGAAAGAUCGGUCGUCGAGGGAACAUCAGAUCUGGAGUCCCAAACAUUGUGAACCCAAAUGUUUGCUGGAGGAAAACCCCACGAGUCCCAUCGGAGACGCAAAUAGCACCGAGCGUGCCCAGACCCUUUCUUAUCAGGCCGAUUUUCUUUACGGCAAGAAGCGGUUUGACGGCGCCCUCGCCAUCUACAGGAAAGGCGUGGCGAUGGUCCCGAUCCGCUACGUCCUUCUACGGAGAAUCUUCAUAGAGGGCGCUGCAAGGUGCUGCGUACACUUGGCCGAGCAUGAGCAGGCAUUGCACUUGGCUACACUGCUUUUGGAUGAGUCUUUGACCUUGGAACACCGGAUGACGGCAAACAGUCUGCUUGCUUCAGUGCAUGCUGCUGCAGGGAACCAACAGGAUGCCAUCAAAAGUCUUCACAUCUGUAUUCAGUGGCAGCGCUCAAAUGUCCAUUUCUGGCUCAGACUGGCAGAUGCUUACACCGCCCUCUAUCACCAGUCCCAGCUCGCAGCGCACCAGCUCCGGACUGAGCAUGCUCAGAGCAGUCCAACAGGCACCGGCUGUUCGGAAGACUCAAGUCCGAUGCGUCAAACAGAUGCCGGCAUUGACGGUGAUUCUUUGAAAAACAAAAUUUGUAAAAAUUCUUCGGUAUUUAGCAGUGCCGAGACUGUCAACACAGAAGAAGAUAAGACUUCAGUGGAAGAUAGGACUUCAGUGAAAGAUAGGACUUCAGUGGAAGAUAGGACUUCAGUGGAAGAUAGGACUUUAGUGGAAGAUAGGACUUCAGUGGAUGAUAGAACUUUAGUGGAUGGUAGUACUGCAGGGGAAGAUAGGACUGCAUUGAAAGAUAGAACUUCAGUGGAAUAUAGGACUUCAGAGGAAUAUAGGACUUCAAUGAAAGAUAGGACUUUAGUGGAAGAUAGGACUUCAGUGGAAGAUAGGACUUCAGUGGAAGAUAGGACUUCAGUGAAAGAUAGGACUUCAGAGGAAGAUAGGACUUCAGUGGAAAAUAGGACUUCAGUGGAAGAUGGGACUUCAGUGGAAGAUGGGACUUCAGUGGAAGAUGGGACUUCAGUGGACGAAGAUAGGACUUCAGUGGAAGAUAGAUCUUCAGCGGAAGAUAGGACUUCAGUGGAAGAUAGGUCUUCAGUCAAAGACUUAUCAGUUGGUGAUUUGCUGAAUAAAUUGAACAACCUUGCCAUAACCGAGCAGGAUGCAAAUAGUAUGGUGAUGAAUGAGAAGACUAAGGCUGUGCUGCUAAGCAGUGAACACCGUUCAAUUCUUGUGGCUGCAAGUUGUCUUCUAAGGGCAAGGCUGUUACUAAAAUCAGUGCAGCACUCUGUCGGUUCGUUUGCAAAAGUUCGGAACAACCAGCUUGGCACUGAGAUAGAGCAGUCAUUGGGGACUUUGCACCUAAAUCCUGCCGUCGUGAGAGUAUUACAUCACCACGCCCGGAUCGUCUUCCGACGAGGCUGUCACAAAAUGGAUGACAUUGCCAUGGCAACCAAUGAGGAAGCAGAAGGAGGCGACAAGGGUAAAGAUGAGGCUGUGGAGGACUGUUUAUCCAAGGAGGAAUUUGAACAAAGGUGGUUUCCGUGGCUAUUGGGGACAAAUUCAUCUUAGAGUCAUUUCUUCUCGAUACACUCCAUUUGCCAAAAAGUAACUGACAAAAUUAUUGUUGAAAAGUUUACUUGGUUUAAAGAUAGUACUGGCACUAAACUCCCUGUGAAACGAUUCUUUCAUUUCCAAAGAUGGGUCAAGUGACGCAUUUAUUGAAAGUUGUGUUAGUUGUUGGCUUGCAAUUCUGCGAAUCCGUGAAUGGUAGCGUGCAAGCGUUGACACGACACACACACAUGCAUGGUUGCUAUUCGU